GCCCGUUUGUGCUACGACCCGAACGGAAAGUCAAAACCCGCCCCCCCAACACUCUCUCCGGACCGUGUAAGUGAAACGCGGCGCGCUUGGUCCGUAGAGUUGAUCUCAUCUCGUUUUUCAAACCCCCUCCACGCGUCUUGACUGGUAGGUGUUUGUGCGUGUGUGUAGCCCACCACCCACCCACCCACCGAGGCUAGAAAGUUGGGGAAAGUUGGUGGUCAUUGUCAACAGCACGCACGCUCGGCAAGGGGCUGCCUCCUCAACCAUCAUUUUUGUUGGCAAACCUCUCUCUGCCUCACUCACCUUACGCGGCCAACAGCACCCGUACUGCUGCUCUCCUCUCCCGACGCUCGCACGUGAAGAAGAUGAUGCACCAUGCAUUCCGAAACUUCGCUAUGCUCACGCUGAUGGUGUUUGCCGUCGCCCGAUUCGCCCACGCCCAGGACCCAGCCCCCAUUCCCGCCCACGCCGAGGUCAAACGAGCCGAUUGGUCCUCCAUGAGGGGCACCUGGGGCAAGCGGGGUGACAUGGAUGCCGAGGGAGACGUCGUCGAGGUCCCCGAAGACAAAAGAGCAGGCUGGAAUAAGUUCCAGGGUUCCUGGGGCAAACGAAGUGACGAGAUGACAGACGCGGAUUUACAGAUGGCAGAAGAUAAACGCGCAAACUGGAACAAAUUCCAAGGAUCCUGGGGUAAACGGGAUGGAGACUAUGAGAUGGCCGAGGAUAAGCGAGCCAACUGGAACAAAUUCCAGGGAUCCUGGGGCAAACGAGAUGGAGACUUCGACGCUGAAGACGAGAAACGCGGAAACUGGAAAAAUUUCCAGGGAUCUUGGGGCAAACGCGGCGAUGAACUGGUAGCCGAGGAAGAGAAACGCGGAAACUGGAAAAACUUCCAGGGAUCCUGGGGAAAGCGAGAUGACGAUCUCAUGGAUGCCGAAGAGAAGAGAGCCAACUGGAACAAAUUCCAAGGAUCCUGGGGCAAGAGGAACAACUGGAGCAGCCUUCAGGGAUCAUGGGGCAAACGAGAUGUACCUGCAGAGACACUGGAAGAACUGGAAAAGCGAGCUGGAUGGUCCAGUCUUCAGGGAUCCUGGGGAAAGAGAGCGUGGAAGAACCUCCACGGCGCCUGGGGCAAACGCUCUGGCUUCGCCGACGACUUCACCGACGAGGACGAGCAGGAACAGGAAGAAGAAGAGCUGCAGAGGGCGCUGCUGUCUCCCGUGGCCUUAGCUAGACUCAUGAAGGCCACGCCCCAGAAGCGCGGGUGGUCCAUCUGGGGCAAGAAGCCCGAUUAUCCUGGAAGGGUGUCUCCCCGUUCAACUAAUUGGUCCAGUCUCAGAGGUACCUGGGGAAAGCGCAGCGCAGAUUGGAGUAGUCUGAGGGGAGCCUGGGGAAAGAAAAACAAUGAUUGGUCACAGUUCCGAGGAUCUUGGGGAAAACGAGCUCUAGGUGAAGAAGACACUGGCGCCGCCCCACAGACAGCUUAAGCACAGGAAAAACAGCAGCAAGAAGCAACAGGACCCCUCAGAACUAUAGAAUUCUUGGAUUUCGUUUGUUUUUUUUCGGCAAAAUUUUUGACAGAAUAUUGCGCUCCAUAAUCGUCAUUGCUCUUAUUUUUUCAGUUUUUUUUCCAGUUUUCAAGAUGUUGGAUAUAUAAAUAUAUAUAUAAUAUGAGUGUUCGAUGUCAAAUCAUUAAGAAAUGUUCUACUGAACUGUCCAUAUGGAAAUAUGUACAACUUUAGAAAUUAUAUUUAUCAAUAGGUUAUAUAUACGCAUGUAGACUAUCAGUCCAUACAUAUGUAUAUAUAUAUAUAUAU